GAAAAUUAUUCGUGGCUAUAAAAAAAAUCAUCAGUUUUGUCUUCCUUUCAUGCAAAGCAAACAAAAAUAAAACUCUUCUUCUCUUCUCCUCUGUUUCUCUUUCUCUUGAGCUGGCUCUUGUCUUGUCUACUUUCAUUGCAGUGACUCUGCAUGCUUCAGACUGAUUAAAGCAACAUGCAUGGUCUUAAAAUAAGCCCAUAAGACUGAGAUUUCUUGACCAGUGAGGUGGUUUCCUGUUCUCUGUUCUUGGGAGAACACAAAGGCAGUGUGGAGUCUGAUUUUGAUGCAUUUGAAGAUUGUUAAAGUAGAUUAUGAUACAUGGUUUGCCAUCUAUGAAGUCGAUCAAAUCAUUGAAGUCACUUGUUAGAAAAAAAACCAAUGCUCAAGAAGUGAGUAAAUCCGGGUGGAAAAUGAAGCCUUUUUUGGCUCUCAUGUGUACAGCUCUUUUGAUCUUUUGGUAUAAGACCACAAAUAUUCAGUUUGAACAAACAGAGAUAGAAGAAACAGAUUAUCCUUUUGACAUGGCAAAGGAAUCUGAAACAGUUAACGAUAAAUUAAAAGUUUUGCCUCAUGGAAUCAUACAGCCUAGAUCAGAUCUUGAAUUAAAACCUCUCUGGUCUAGAAGUAGUCUGAGGUCAAAGGGUGUUGAAAUGACUAACCGUAACUUGUUGGCAAUACCCGUAGGAAUUAAGCAAAAGGGUAAUGUCGACGCUCUUGUAAAGAAGUUUCUUCCCGCGAAUUUCACGAUUGUUCUUUUCCAUUACGAUGGAAAUAUGGAUAAAUGGUGGGAUCUAGAUUGGAGUUCAAAGGCCAUACAUAUAGUUGCACAAAACCAGACUAAAUGGUGGUUUGCAAAACGAUUCCUCCAUCCAGAUGUUGUAUCCAUUUAUGAUUAUAUUUUUCUUUGGGACGAGGAUCUUGGAGUAGAGAAUUUCAAUCCAGAGAGAUAUUUGAGGAUAGUUAAAUCAGUGGGACUGGAGAUAUCUCAACCGGCUUUGGAUCAUAACUCAACUGAAAUCCACCAUAAAAUCACACUACGUUCUAGGACAAAGAAAUUUCAUAGGAGAGUUUACAUCAAUAGAGGCCAUAAAAGGUGUUCUAAUACUAGUGCAGAUCCUCCUUGCACCGGAUUUGUUGAAGGAAUGGCUCCGGUGUUUUCGAAAGCUGCUUGGUUUUGCACUUGGAAUCUUAUACAGAAUGAUUUGGUUCAUGGAUGGGGAAUGGAUAUGAAACUUGGGUACUGCGCACAGGGAGACCGAACAAAAAACGUAGGGAUUGUGGAUAGUGAGUAUAUCGUUCAUCAAGGCAUUCAAACUUUAGGUGAAAGUGUUCCUGAAAAGAAGACCACUGCGCGUGAUGUUAGGCCCAGGAGACACGGCCAUACAACCUUUGAUUCAAGAACCGAGAUAAGGAGACAAUCGACAUGGGAGCUUCAAACUUUUAAAGAACGAUGGAGCAAAGCGGUAGAAGAAGACAAUAACUGGAUCGAUCCAUCGUCAUCAAGCUCGAUGACAAAGAGGAGGACGAGUAACGGUAAUAACAGAAGAUUAAGGCGUGGUAGUAGUCACCGAGUAAAGCAUAAGAGAACUCAGGAGACAUCAACAACAACAAAACACAUAUAGCAAAAGAAGGUUUUUUAAUACACAUAGAUAGUGUUUUCUUUAUUUCAUUAACCAAUUUAUUAUUAUACUCUUUCAUAGUUAGUAAUAUAGCUUUCUUUGAAGUGAUGGAAAAAUGGUUCAUAUUAAGAUUCGUAAAAGCUCAUGUCCAUUAUGUAUUUUCAUCACUCAACUAGUCAACUACUUUUAAAAUCAAAUAAAGAGACUCCCUUUCCUAACU